UUGUCCCUGUCGCCGCCGCCACCCGGUCUCGAUCCACCUCGGGAUCCAUUCUCCUCGUUUUCCUCCACCCACCAACCAAGGCUCCCCACUGCUCCUCCCUGAUUCGCUCUGCCCGAUCCACCAUCGCAGCAAGCCGCCGCUCCAGCAGGACCUUGCGUCCCCGCUCCAUCUCCCCGUUCUUCCCUGGUUCUCUCUCUGGUGCUCAUGUCCAUCGUUCUCUUCUUGCAACAGGAACAACCAUGGCCGCUGUGUUCACAAGCAGCAGCUGCCAUCGUCUUCCCCCGCCUCGCCUGUGACCUCCUCUGCAUCGGUUCCGGCCCCGACGCCCGAUCCCCAUGCCUCCUCGUUCCCCUGCCUGCAGCAGCCGAGCAAGGGACCUCGCGCCCGAUCCUUCCCCUCGUCCAGGAGGUAGGAGCCCGAGCUCCUCGAUCCCUCCCGACGGCCAAGUCCUCGCAAGCCGCCGCCUGGAGCAGGCAGCCUCCGCUCCUCCUCACUCUGUCUGCGUCGCCGGGAUUGCGUCAAGGCCGCCACCGUCCUGUUUGUCUUCCUGCGAGACGAGGCACCGAGCUCCACCGCAAGCCCCUCUACUGCUCUGCGUCACGCUGCUGCUCUGCUUCUCGGACGACCUCAGCGAGAGCCCCGCUCGCGCCCCCUCUGUCCCGUCGCCUGGAUCCCGCUGCUGGUGCCCCCAAGUCCCUGCGCCUCUUCCGCCGGAGCAGCCCAUCCUGCAGUCCCCGCUGCCGCUGUCGUGUCCUGCUUCUGUUCCUCCCGCUCGUCUCUGUACACGAGGAAAUCAAGGGAUCGACGAGCGCCCGUUGACCGAGACCCCGCCACGCGCCAGGGAGCGCAGCAAGGCCGGCCCAUGCAGCUUCCCCCUCCCGGCCAACCGGGCUUCCUCUCCACCGCCUUGGGCCAAAGCCCAUGUGUACUUCUUUCCGGUGUUGCUUCUUCGGGUUGGUUCCGAUAACGCCGCGUUUGCCACCACUGCCACACCAGCCGCCGCCACCGCCGCAGGCCCGUCCACGUCGUCCUUGUCCUUCCCCGUCCCUGCUAUCGAUGGUGAGGAUGACGAUGAGGACGUCGAUGAGUUCAACGGCUUCGGCGCACUGAGCGAGUACGAUGCCGGCGUGACGGAGAUCGACGAGGAGGACGAAAAGGCCCUCGCUGCAUUCAUGUCCAAGGAAACCUCCUCCAAAUGA